AACAGAUGGGCGAUUUGAGGUCUUUCUCCGAUUUGUUGCUGGUCUCUCCAACCCAAUGACAGCUCGGGGCCUGGAGGAGUUUCUGGGUCCAUUUCCUCAUCAAACAACCUGCCGGGUGAUUGACUGGGUGAAGGAGGAGGUUAAAGGCCAGAGUGGAAACACUGAUGACAUUGGGAGAAGGAGACUCCUGAACACAUUGCACUACCUGUUUGAGUCUCAGAAUCGUGGACUGGCUCAGGCCGCACUGGGAUCUCUGAAAACACUUUCAUUCCGUGGAAUGACACUGACCCCGGUUGACUGCGCGGUCCUGUCUCAUGCAAUCGGACUCUGUGAUACUAUAAAAGAACUCGACCUGCAGGGCUGCCACAUUCAGUGUGAAGGAAUCCAGCGGCUGGGACCCGGGCUGAACAAGUGCCAGGAGUUGAGACUUGGGGAGAAUGACCUGGGAGAUUCAGGAGUGAAACUGGUGUUGUCGGCUCUGAGGAACCCGGAGUGUAAAAUACAGAAACUGUGGCUGACCCGUGUCGGACUCACAGAUUCUGGGGCCGAGGAUCUCGUCUCCUUUCUGAGUACAAAACCAUCCUUGACGGAGCUGGACCUGAAUUAUUAUGAACCGGGAUAUUCAGGAGCGAAGCUGGUGUUUUUGGCUCUGGGGAACCCGGAGUGUAAAAUGCAGAAACUGGAGCUGGAGAGAGUCGGUCUCACAGAUUCUGGUGCCGAGGAUCUCGUCUCCGCUCUCAGAACAAAUCGAUCACUGACGGAGCUGUACCUGAGUGUUGAUGAACUGGGAGAUUCAAAACUGAGACUUGUAUCUGCGGCUCUGAGGAACCCGGAGUGUAAAAUACAGAAACUGCGGCUGGGGGAUGUCGGUCUCACAGAUUCUGGGGCCGAGGAACUCGCCUCCGCUCUCAGUACAAACCCAUCACUGACGGAGCUGAACCUGACUGGUAAUAAACUGGGAGACUCAGGAGUGAAACUGGUGUUGUCGGCUCUGAGGAACCCGGAGUGUAAAAUACAGAAACUGCGGCUGGGGUAUGUCGGUCUCACAGAUUCCGGUGCCGAGGAUCUCGUCUCCGCUCUCAGUACAAAACCAUCACUGACGGAGCUGCACCUGAGUGUUAAUGACCUGGGAGAUUCAGGAGUGAAACUGGUGUUGUCGGCUCUGAGGAACGCGGAGUGUAAAAUACAGAAACUGUGGAUGGGGGGUGUCGGUCUCACAGAUUCUGGUGCUGAGGAUCUCGUCUCCGCUCUCAGUACAAAACCAUCACUGACGGAGCUGAACCUGGGAUUCAACUCUCUGACAGACCGAUCUGUCCCCGAUCUCCGCCGCCUCAUACUGACCCUCCCGAGUCUGGUGUGGAUCCGGCUGGGGGAGAAUCAGUUCAGUGAGACCGGGAUGAAGGAACUGAGAUCUCUACAGGGAGUCAGAUCCGGACUGAGAGUGGAUCUGUGAACAUCUGAAUGUGGUGAAUCGGUUCAGUGAGACCGGGAUGAAGGAACUGAGAUCUCUACAGGAACCCAGACCCGGACUGAGAGUGGAUCUGUGAACAUCUGAAUGUGGGGAAUCGGUUCAGUGAGACCGGGAUGAAGGAACUGAGAUCUCUACAGGAACCCAGACCCGGACUGAGAGUGGAUCUGUGAACAUCUGAAUGUGGGGAAUCGGUUCAGUGAGACCGGGGAGAAGGAACUGAGACCUCUACAGGGAGUCAGACCCGGACUGAGAGUGGAUCUGUGAACAUCUGAAUGUGGUGAAUCGGUUCAGUGAGACCGGGAUGAAGGAACUGAGAUCUAUACAGGAACCCAGACCCGGACUGAGAGUGGAUCUGUGAACAUCUGAAUGUGGUGAAUCGGUUCAGUGAGACCAGGGAGAAGGAACUGAGAUCUCUACAGGGAGUCAGACCCGGACUGAGAGUGGAUCUGUGAACAUCUGAAUGUGGUGAAUCGGUUCAGUGGGACCGGGAUGAAGGAACUGAGAUCUCUGCAGGGAGUCAGACCCAGACUGAGAGUGGAUCUGUGAACAUCUGAAUGUGGUGAAUCGGUUCAGUGGGACCGGGAUGAAGGAACUGAGAUCUCUGCAGGGAGUCAGACCCGGACUGAGAGUGGAUCUGUGAACAUCUGAAUGUGGUGAAUCGGUUCAGUGAGACCGCGAUGAAGGAACUGAGAUCUCUACAGGAACCCAGACCCGGACUGAGAGUGGAUCUGUGAACAUCUGAAUGUGGUGAAUCGGUUCAGUGAGACCGGGAUGAAGGAACUGAGAUCUCUGCAGGAACCCAGACCCGGACUGAGAGUGGAUCUGUGGACAUCUGAAUGUGGGGAAUCGGUUCAGUGAGACCGGGAUGAAGGAACUGAGAUCUCUGCAGGAACCCAGACCCGGGCUGAUGGUGGAUCUGUGAACAUCUGAAUGUGGAGAAUCGGUUCAGUGAGACCGGGAUGAAGGAACUGAGAUCUCUACAGGAAACCAGACCCGGGCUGAUGGUGGAUCUGUGAACAUCUGAAUGUGGUGAAUCGGUUCAGUGAGACCAGGAUGAAGGAACUGAGAUCUCUACAGGAACCCAGACCCGGACUGAGAGUGGAUCUGUGAACAUCUGAAUGUGGUGAAUCGGUUCAGUGAGACCGGGGAGAAGGAACUGAGAUCUCUACAGGAACCCAGACCCGGACUGAGAGUGGAUCUGUGAACAUCUGAAUGUGGGGAAUCGGUUCAGUGAGACCGGGAUGAAGGAACUGAGAUCUCUACAGGAACCCAGACCCGGACUGAGAGUGACCGUGUGAACAUCUGAAUGUGUGAACAUCCCCGCCCGCGGGAUGGAGCCGACUCCCCGCCCUCCCCUUUAACUACCCCUCCCCUUUAACACUCCGCCCUCCCCUUUAACUACCCCUCACACUCCCCUUUAACUACCCCUCCCCCUCCCCUUUAACUCACCCCUCCCCUUUAACUCCCGCCCUUACCUUUAAUGGCCACGCGCCGGGGCAGAUUCCCAACGGUUUUAACGGAACCGGCUCCGGUCUCGAGCUCGGUGAUCUCGGAAGCGCUCCCGCCGUGACGUAUUUCCGCCCGCUGUCCGGCGGCGCCACUUCCGCCGGAUGUGCGGGUCCGAGACUCUCCCUCCCGCGUGACACCCCAGGGAAUUACCCGGACAGGAGGAGCCCGGGGUGUCGGGGCUCAGUCUGGGACACCGGUGUCCCGGGAGAGAAUCCUUUUGCCCCCUCUGCUGAGGACGGGGCAUUCGGCUGUCUGGCCGAUAUAAUGGUGUUAAAUUGACAAAUACCUCGGCAAUGACCUUGGAUCCGCAGUGAUCCCGGACACGGCCCCGGAGUGUGAUUGGAUGCAGAGUGACGGGGAGGAACGGGACUGAUUAAUCUACCGGUCAUUUAAUUGUGAGUGACUGUGAGCGAGGACGGUGCAUUCGGCUGUCUGGCCGAUAUAAUGAUGUUAAAUUGACAAAUACCUCGGCAAUGACCUUGGAUCCGCAGCGAUCCCGGACACGGCCCCGGAGUGUGAUUGGAUGCAGAGUGACGGGGAGGAACGGGACUGAUUAAUCUACCGGUCACCCGUUGUCGCCGGUCAGUUAAUUGUGAGUGACUGUGAGCGAGGACGGGGCAUUCGGCUGUCCGGCCGAUAUAAUGGUGUUAAAUUGACAAAUACCUCGGCAAUGACCUUGGAUCCGCAGCGAUCCCGGACACGGCCCCGGAGUGUGAUUGGAUGCAGAGUGACGGGGAGGAACGGGACUGAUUAAUCUACCGGUCACCCGUUGUCGCCGGUCAGUUAAUUGUGAGUGACUGUGAGUGAGUCGGGAACAGUGUGUCGACCCACUUUCUGCACAGGCGCACCGGCUCACAAAUACCCAGGGAGUAAAUGCCAGCACCGCGAAGUUUGAAUAAACUAGUCUGGAACAGACUGACCGACUGCGUGUCGUUGUCUCUAACUCUGUAUGUAGUACAUCGCUACAACAGCUUAUUUACUCCCGCAAGACAGCAGCUCACAUACUGUUUAAUUUGCAUUUAUCAUGAUGAAAUCAAUAAACCGCUGUAACUUCC